AUGGUGGAGAGGCUCGGAGCGGAAGGGUUCAUGGACGAGCUCCACAACGGGUUUCGCUUGCUGAUGGACCCGGAGAAGGAGAUGAUCACGGCGGAGAGCCUGAAGAGGAACGCGGCGGCGGCGCUGGGGUUGAUGGGAGAGACGACGAUCACCGACGAGGAGGCGAGGUGCAUGGUUAGGGAAGGGGAUUUGGACGGCGACGGCGGGCUGAGCCAGCUGGAGUUCUUCAGCUUGAUGUUCAGGCUCAGCCCUGACCUCAUGUCGGCUUCCACCGAGUUGUUCUUCACGGCCGUCGCCGCCGCCGCCGACGAGGAUGAUGAUGGUCGCCGUGGUGUUUUUCAUGAUCGACACAUGAAUACUUCCAAGGUUAAAUAUAAUUAG